AUGAAUAGCUCGUCGAAGGUGAUAAUGGCAGCGACUAUGGUAAUGGUAGUGAGCUUAGUAAUGGUUCUAAGCUUAGUAUUAGUACUAUUAGCCGAACUCUACUGCUCUCUCUUACUCCGCCGCCGCCGUCGCACAAAUCCCUCCCUCACUCUCCCAACCACCACAAUAACCCCCACUGCAACCACCACCACCACAAGCCUAGCUCAAGCCAUUUCAACAACAACCAACGAACCUUCACCAUCAUCAAACAUCAAUCCUCUAACCACAGGCGUCCUUCAAACUCCAAAACCUUUUCUCAUAACCAACAAAACAUAUCUUCACAAUGAGUCACCAUCCUUACAAUCUUCCCCUGUAACAGUUGAAAAUGAUAACUUCAUUUACAUAUCGAACCCAAUGUACACGAACGACGCUACAACGAGUAAACCAACCACGCCUUUCGAGACACCUGAGUCUUCACCGUCUAGGCUAGAGACUGGUGACGACUCAUCUUCCGAAGAAGAUGAGAAUAAUGUAACGCCGGCGUUGACACCAAUGAAGGAUCUUCCUGAAAAGGCAUGUUCUGUUUCGUUACAAGACAAUGCUAGGUCCUUGGAGAGUUCUGCUAGUGAGUCAAACAAGGACGAGGAUAAAGACGGUGGUGGCUUGUCUACGUCGUCUGGUUCGCCGUCGUAUACUUCUCCGUCGUGGUAG